AUGUCGCCAGAUGCGCCGCGGGUGAUUGCCCGCGCCGUAUUCGACGAACAUGAUAUUCGUGCGUGGUACAAGAGUCCAUACCCAAUCGACACGCGCGAUCUCGUUGACGCAAAGCUGUGGGUGUGCGCGCGGUGCUUCAAGUAUACGACCCACAGCGCGUCGCUGCAGGCGCACUUGCGCACAUGCCCACUCAAACACCCACCGGGCCGGAAGCUGUACCAGCGCGGCGCACACAUUAUCUGGGAGGUAGACGGGGCGUCUGAGCCCCUCUACGCGCAAAACAUGUGCCUCUUUGGCAAGCUGUUCAUCGACAACAAGACCAUCUGCUUCGAUGUCGAGCCAUUCCGCUUCUACAUCCUUACAGACGCCUCCAGUCAACUGGAUCAUGUGCUAGGCUUCUUUUCCAAAGAGAAAAUAUCCUACGACGGCUUUAAUCUCGCGUGCAUUGUCGUCUUCCCGCCGUACCAGCGCCAAGGCUACGGGUCUUUGCUCAUGGAAUUCAGCUACUACUUGUCGGAUACCGAGCAUGUGAUAGGCACGCCCGAGCGUCCUUUGUCCGCACUGGGACUGCGUGCAUACCUCGCAUUUUGGCGCGCGUUGCUGGUCCGCACACUGCACGGCGCGUACACACAGGAUUCCAUGCAAGCGCGCCGCGCACGCGCCGUGCUUGGCGGCGAACGGAUGCAUAUAGCGCGCGUGCCUUGUUCGGAGCUCGACGCAAAAAAACGGCGCUCGCACCUUGGAUGGGCGGGCGAGGCGCCGCGGCGGCUUUCCGCGUUGCUGAGCAUGCCCGAGACGCCGAUGCCGGCGGUAACCUCGCUUGCGGAUCUCUCGUACGCCGCAGGUCUUCGCGUAGAGGAUGCUACGCUCGCGCUUGCGCAUGCGGAUCUCUUGCACCGCGCAAAAGAAAACGACUUUGUGCUCGAUGCUCGCAUACUGCAAGACGCGGCGCGGCGGUAUGCACAGAAGCCAGCGCUGCUUGAUUUGGCGUAUUUAGUAUAA